AUGAUCUCGACAGAGCUCCGCUUGACGUGGGUGCAAAGCGUUCGACCAGAUCUGCUAGGCUCGCAUCUUGAGGCCUACAUCAAGCUUAUUCCAACCUUCAACAUGCUCAGGCUUUGUGCCCGCCACGGAAAGGGCAAAGCAGUCACUGUCAAUCGCCUUCCCACCGAACUUGUCAGCCAGAUCGAGGCCGAGCUUCUUGCGCAAGAACACUACGGAAACGACAUCCCUGUAUGGGGAAAAUCUGCCUUCUGCUUCCGUGGCUUCUGCGACCCUAUCGACCAUUUGUACUCGGAGCAGGAUCUCGUCCGCCUCUAUGGUCACUACUUCUACGACGCAACGAUCGACGAGACUCAAGCCUCCUCCGCAAAGCUGAACGAAGACAAGCGUGCGGACCUCAACCAAGUUACGAUGGAGGAUGACGGCCUUGACGACGAAAUUCUGCCCGGCAUCCAGUCAUGGCGCGCUAUCCACGAGGAGAGCAGAUCACUCUGGCUGUCUCUGACUGGCGGGAUCAGUGACUCAGACUCUGGAUAUCUCCAAUCGUUGAAUAAGAUGUUCCGUCAGCUGUUCGGUCUCGAUCUUUCGGUCUCGCAUCAAACGUUCAAGGCCAAAUGGCUUCACGAGGACUUCAAAUCCGGUACUCAGGCAUUCAUCAUGCUGCCAACAAGCGCCCAAACGUCGCAGUGCCUCCCGGAACGCCUGGCUGGAGAACAGAUCACGGUGAAGCUUCCCACCGAGCACACGACCAGCUUCUGUGUCGCACCACCGCCGCAGUCGACCAAAAAGUCUAUGGCUCGCUUCACGCGCUGUUUGAAGAUUCUUCAACUCGAGCCGUUGCCGCUUUUGAUGCGCCAGGAUCUUGUCCACGGUCGCAAAAUGAGAGAUCAGAAUCAUGGCGCGGAAGAUGACGAUCAGUCAAGCGAUGCUUCCAAGUCUCCAUCGUCAAGUAAAGACCAGGAGGAGGAUGAGGAGCUCGGUCCGGCCCUGAGGUUGAUUAUGGUGACCAGAGACGACUCACAGUAUUGUUCAGAAGACUAA